AGGGAGUAUUUAAUUGUUUUAAUUAAAUUGGAUUAACCAAUAAGAAUAAGACACAUAAAUAUAUCGAUGCAAAAUGCACACGUCUUUGAUCUAUCCAAACUGGUGAAGCAAUCGGAGCGGGGGAAUCCAUGGAUGGGACGAAGUCCUCAACACUCCGCUGGCAAAUCCUUCGCCGCGCGCUUCUUCGUCGCCCAGAUAACCGAUCCGACAUGGCCAUUGAACAAAUAUCAAGAAAGGCGACUCGUGGUUUCAAUUUGAUUCCCUGCAGUUUAGUGGAAGAAAUUUCUGAUUCUCUCUUACGAAAAGACGCAUUGGGCAGCUCUGCUCUUUUCUGUUACACAUUGCCCCUUCCCAAAUCUCCCCAACUUACUCUGCACCAAAGAGUGAAUGGUAUUGUGGAUCUCAGUGACUUUGAGGUCUGUAAUAGAUAUAAUAUUGACAACACCGGGCUUGUUUGUCAAUGGCCGUCUGAGGAUGUCCUUGCCUACUACUGCUUGUUACAUGCUGACAUGUUCAGGGAUAAAAGAGUCAUUGAACUUGGAGCAGGAUAUGGCAUAGCUGGCUUGGUUGUUGCAGUAGCCACAGAUGCACUAGAAGUGGCAAUCACUGAUGGGAAUCCUCAAGUUGUUGAUUAUAUACAACGUAAUGUAAGCACCAAUUCAGGCAUGUUUGGCGGUACAGUGGUUAAGUCAAUGAUUCUACAUUGGGGUCAGGAAAAUGUACCGGAUAUCUCCAAUACCUUUGAUUUCAUUAUUGCAAGUGACUGCACUUUCUUUAAGGAAUUCCAUGAAGCUCUGGCUGAAACCAUAAAAUCAUUGCUAAAGAAAGACAGCCCCUCAGAAGCUCUACUUUUUUGCCCGAAAAGAGGUGAUUCAUUGGACAAGUUUCUCGGGAAAGUUAUAGGCAGUGGAUUGAAUUUCACCAUAGAAAACAAUUAUGACGCUGAAAUUUGGAGGCGUCACCAGAGAUUUCUAUAUGGUGAUGAAUCCUGGCCGAAUUAUGAGA